AUGAGCUCAGAAGAGAUCCAUCAUGCCAAUUACACUCAGUUCGAAAAUCUAGCCCGAGAGGAGACUCUACAAAGGGUUGUGGAUUCGUAUCUCGCAUUGGCAGAUGGUCAAGAUAACUGGGUCUGUAACUUGGCUAAUGCAUCAUCUUUAUUGUGGCACGCUUACAGAUCAAUGCCCUUGGACAUCAAUUGGGCUGGGUUUUACGUGACUAAAGACCCCCAAUCCCGUGAAUUAAUUCUUGGUCCAUUUCAAGGUAAAGUGGCCUGUCAGUUGAUUAAAAGUGGGUCUGGAGUCUGUGGAACGGCUCUUCUAAAAAAAGAAACUCAGUUGGUAGCUAACGUUAAUCAAUUUCCGGGCCAUAUCGCUUGCGAUGGUGAGACCAAGAGUGAGAUUGUUGUUCCAAUCGUAAGUUCUGCUGGCCAUUGUUUAGGUGUCAUCGACAUCGAUUGUCUCGCUUACAAUGGUUUCAGUGAAAUCGAUCAGCACUAUUUAGAGAAGCUGGCUGCUGCUAUAGUUCAAACAUGUAAAUUCAAUUAA